CAAGGGAGCGUCUCCAACUUGGCCGGGCAGCCUGGCGCGCAGCUGCAGCCGGCGGGAACCUCCUUGGUUCAGCUUGCCUAACUUCCUCGUUUUUCUCCCAUCAGGCGUUUUUGGGGCUGCCGUCGCUCUCCUGCUGCUGCUGCUCCUGAGGGCAGAGGCUAUGCCCGUCGGGGAUUCCUCCGGGGAGUCCGAAUUCAGCGACGACUCCUCGGCCAGGACGGUGCCGCCCGAGCGCCUCCAGCUGCAGAAAUGCGUGGACCUGGCGCGCUGGCUGCAGGGAAGAGCGGCCGGCUUGACUCGAGAGCUGUGUAAGAAGGAGGCCGUCUGUCAAGGCAAGAUGGAACUGUCCGUGAAUAAUCUCAACCUUCCAAAGAUCACUCAAGAAGAUAAAUGCUAUGACACUGGAUUUGAAAAGGAAACAUGUCUGGGAAGACUUUCAAGUGGUCUUUAUGCUUUUGGGACAUUCUUUGAAUAUUUAGAAGAAGCUUCUGUUGAGACUGCAGAAACUUUUCGGCCAAGCACACAGCACCUGGCAAAUACCUUGAGAGCAAUGAUGAACAAUCCUGAAACUGUGACCUUGCCAGAUCCAGCCGCUCAGAAAAUUCUUGCCACAAAGCUUCGAGAACACAGAGGCUGGACUGUUACACUUAUCAAACACUUCAUACUUCAAGAUUUUACUUUAUUUAUGCAGAAAACUACAAGGGCUCUUCGUGUCUUAUGAGAGGCCAGGAGUUCUAAUGCCUUUUAAAAAUUGGGCACAUCAGUUCUCAAAACAUCUGCAGUUGAAGCAGAGGUUCAUGUUGUUCUCCUUUUUGAGAACUCACUAUGUUGUUUCUUUAAUUGGGAAUAUGCUAUUUGCAGUUAUUUAUGAUAUUUAAUAUAUUUAUUAAAUUUGUGUAUGCAUUUUUACUCCCAAGACUCACAGCCAAUUUUAACAGGGAGUCAGCACCACACCAUUUCAGUAUUCACUGAAUAUUUUACUUGAAAAUUAUAGAUCGAGAAUAUACAGCUAAAUUAUACCAUAUUUUUUUGGAAAAGUAUAUUUAAUAUAUUUUUUAGAAAACAAAAAUUUGUAUGGGUUUACAGUGAAAGACAAUCUGUUUUAUUGCUGCUUUAACUGAUUUUAAUAUUUAAUAUUUUAUACUGUACUGUUGUAACCCAC